GUUAUGUUAUGUUUGUAGUCGUCAUUCCACCUGUAGCUUCAUUCUGUGACUAGUGAUACGAGUGUCAGUAUCAGUGGACUGACAUACAACAUACAUACAGAAUGGGGAAAGAUGAAACGUUACCUGACUAUGAAUACAGCAAAGUUCCUACAAAACAAAUUAUUGCAGAAAAGCAAGAAAUCCCAACACAUUAUGGAUACGGAGUCAGACACGUUCAGCUUUUAAUAUGUUUCCUAUGUAUAUUAGUGAGUUUCAUAGCUAGAGGUCAUAUGGGGGUCACGAUCGUUGCUAUGAGUGAUACUCCGGCAGGAAACAAAUCAAGUGCAAAUAACAUCACAAUACAAACAGAUAUUGGCAAUGUAACUAAUGUUCAAGAAGAGGUAGAAAUUAAUGCUACAAUAGAAGAUAUUGAUAAUCUGACUGAUAGAUAUAAAAAGAACGAAGAAGAACUCAAUGGUACUGCUGCUGAUUAUCACCAUAAAAAAUACAUCUGGCCAAAGUCAACACAAGAAAUGGUCUUAGGUUCAUUUUUCUUGGGUUACUGCAUCAUGACGUUUCCGAUGGGAAUGGUAGUCCAGCGGUGGGGCGGCAAGAUCCCACUUCAAAUUGCUUUGUUUGUUAAUGGUGUGGCAUCUCUGUUGGCACCAUGGGUUAUUCAUUGGGGUGGCUGGAAGGCAGUGUGUGCUUGCCGUGUCCUACAAGGUCUGUCUCAAGCUGGCGUGUACCCCAGCAUCCAGAACCUCCUGUCCAACUGGGUCCCGGUGAAUGAACGAGGAACCCUCACCAGCUACGUCUACACAGGGUCCACAUUAGGCACAGUCAUAGCGUUCCAGAUGGCAGGUUACUUGGCUGAGUCGAGGUGGGGAUGGCCAUCCACCUUCUGGGUAGUCGGUGCAAUAUGCAUGGCACUGUUCGCUGUGCUGACCAUAUUCGGUGCAGCGUCACCACCAAAGCAUAAAUCCAUCAGUGAAGAAGAAAAGACUUAUAUUAUGGGACGAGUUGAUGAUGGGACCGUCAAGAAAUUGAGUAUACCCUGGAAGGCGAUCCUAACAUCGCGACACGUGUGGGGCGUCCUGGCCACGCACGUGGGCAGCGGGGUCAGCUUCGUGUUCUUCUUCACACAAGUCCCUUCCUACAUCCACUACAUCCUUAAAAUCGACGUUAGAAGUAGUGGUAUCCUGUCAUCAUUACCGUACGUCGUCAGUUUCUUCACGAGCCUCUCGUUUGGAGUACUCUCCGACUAUUUAACGAACAACAAAUAUCUGGAAGUAAAGAACGGUAGAAGACUGUUCAAUAGUAUCUCUCAAGUAGGCGUAGCCGUGGCACUGGUAUGUGUAACGUUCACCACGAGCACGGUGGUGGCGGUGCUGUGUCUGGUGGCGUCCAUGGGCUGCCACAUGGCGAUGCAUGUCGGAUGGAUGGUGAACCACAUGGACUUGGCGCCGAACUUCAGCGGCACCCUGAUGACCCUCGGCAACACCGGGAUGAACAUCUUCAACGUGCUGCUGCCCAUACUCAUCUCUUACGUAGUCACUGAUGUUCACAAUCAGACACAGUGGCGGAUCAUAUUUUUCACAAUCGCAUCGGCGGGCUUCGUGGCGAACGCUAUCUUUGUGCUCACCACAUCCGCAGACACACAGCCGUGGAACGACAGUGAACAAACUGAUGCAUACUUGGAAGAAGCAGAAUCUAAGAGGGAAAAACAGAAGAUAUCAAAAACAUGAAAAUAUUUUAGUCAUAUUGACUUUAGUUAAAUUAGUUAAUAAAUUGUAAAUUAUAAGACACAA